AUGCCAACCAGAAACGCCUGGAUCAUGGAUGAAUCGACUCGCAACAGACUCUUGAAGAAGUACAAGACUCAGGUGGCUUCGGCGACCUCGACUGUCUGCGCAACUCUGGCAGUGACUCCUCUGGAAAAUGUGAAGACUCGCAUGCAAACCCACAACUUCAGGGACAUCUUCCAGUGUGCCCGGUAUCUGUGGCGGACUGAAGGACCGCGUGGUUAUGUGGCAGGUGCUCUUCCACCACUGGCUAGUGUGACUGCAGUCAGGGUAUUGAACUUCACCUCUUACAACUAUGCCAAAGAGGGGAUUGCCGACAUCGUCAAGCGCAUCACCGGCACAUAUCCCCUGAACGACAAGUCUGGCCGAGUGCCGACGGUGGCUGGCGUUCUCACCUUUACUCUUGCUGGCGCCUUUGCUGGGUUGGUGGCAGCCCCGAUUGCAUGCCCCUUUGAGCUCGCCAAGAACGUGGUCCAGACCUCUGUUCUGGUUUCCAACCGAGCUCAAGCAGCUCCGGGUGCAGCCUGCGACCCGUCCCUCCGCAGGAAGCCUCGCAUCGGCACUGUCGAGGCCAUCCAGCAGAUCAUCAAGCGGCACGGUUUCCGCGGUCUGUACACUGGCUUCCACCUGCACGCUCUGCGUGACACGGUGGGCACAGCCAUGUACUUCGGGAUCUACGAGACCGUGAAGCAGGUGGCCGCCAAGGAGAUCGGAUCAGAUCAGUCCCCUCUCGGCGCGCCCGCGAUUGCUGGGGCCAUCUGCAGCACCAUCCCCUGGUUCUGCACUUACCCCCUCGACACCCGCAAGACCCGAGCACAGAGCGUGCUGCUCGGAAAGAGCAAGGAGAUCGGCGAGGCCUCGGUGGCUGUCGCCAAGUCCAGCAUGUACAAAGGCAUCUCCAUUAUUCUGGUCCGAACCGGGGUCAACAACAUGAUCCUUCUCAGUCUUUUUGAGUACAUCAAGGCUCGGAUUGACAAACUGCCUAACUGA